AUGUCUGGCCGCUUCGUGAGAGCGUCAAAGUACCGACACGUCUUCGGGCAGUCGACCAAGAAGGUAUCCCUCAUCGCAGCCCCCGCCGUCCACCGCAAUGCUUGGGACACGAACCUGAUCAAGGCCAACCCCAAGUACCUUUCGGUCAAUUGGGAGGCCAGCGGUGGUGGCGCCUUUGCUGUCAUUCCUGUCGAUGAGCGUGGAAAGCUGCCCGAUGUUAUGCCCCUGUUCCGUGGCCACACGGCUGCCNNGAACCCCUUUGACGACUCGGUCAUUGCUUCCGGUUCCGACGAUGGAAAGGUAUCUUCGACAAGUCCGCUGCCUUGCGAAUGCAUAAUUGACGCACUCUUGUUCGCANNGGUCUUCGUCUGGAAGGUCCCCGAGGACUUCACUCUGCACACCGACGCCGACGAGCCCACCGAUGUCAGCCCUGUGCACAAGUUGACUGGCCACACUCGGUAUGCCACUCUGCGCACAUCUCCCCAUCUGCGUCACACUAACCUAUACCAGNNCAAAGUCGGCCACGUUUUGUUCAACCCCUCAGCCGCCAACGUUCUGGCAAGUUCCUCGGGCGAUUGCACCAUCAAGCUGUGGGAUCUCGCUUCCAACGACCCUCGCCUUACUCUCAAGCACAACGACAUUGUCCAGUCCCUGUCAUGGUCAGCCGAUGGUGGCAUGCUUGUGACCACUUGCCGCGAUAAGAAGAUCCGUUUCUGGGAUGUAAGACAAGAAAGACCGGCACACGAAGUUCAAGGUCACCCCGGCGCAAAGAACAGUAGAGCAGUCUGGAUGGGCGACCAUGAUCGUGUUGCUACAACCGGCUUCUCGCGCAUGAGCGACCGUCAACUCGGUCUGUGGGAUGUGCGCAACCCCAAAGAACCCAUUGGUGGAUUCUCCAUUCUCGACUCCAUCAGCGGUGUCUGCAUGCCCUUCUGGGACGAUGGCACCCAGAUGCUGUACCUUGCUGGCAAGGGUGAUGGAAACAUCCGCUACUACGAGUACGAGAACGACAAGUUCGAGUAUCUCUCCGAGUACAAGUCGGCCGACCCUCAGCGUGGUGUUGCCUUUGUGCCCAAGCGUGGUGUCAACCUGCAUCAGAACGAGGUUAUGCGUGCCUACAAGACGGUCAACGAGAACCUGAUCGAGCCCAUCUCAUUCAUUGUUCCUCGCCGUGCAGAGGUCUUCCAAAAUGACAUCUAUCCUCCCGCCACUGGCAGCAAGCCUUCCAUGUCUAGUGAGGACUGGUUCUCAGGCAAGGCAGCUGCCCUUCCACCAAAGAUUUCUCUUGAGAGUCUGUACGAAGGCGAGACUCCAGUCGAGAUUCCUGCUGAGAAAGCCCCUUCUGCCAAUCAAGUGAAGAGCACUCCAGCUCCUGGUUCAAUCUCGUCCUCUUCCGCUCCAACUCCUGUUCCUGCUUCGCCUGCGAAACCCGAGCCAACACCUGCUCCCGUCAGCAGGGGAUCCAUGCAGGACAACCAGGCUAGCAUGUCCGCUAUGGCUGACAGGUUCGCUGAUAAGGAUGAGGUAACUCAAUCGAAGGGCAACGCCAACGAUGAGUUCGACGAGGUACCCAAGCCUGUUCAGCGCCCCAACUCAACUGUAGCUACCAAGCAGGAGGAGAAGACUGGCGUCCGCACACCCCCUCAAGUUCAGACACCUACAAACACCACAUCUGUUCGGGCUCCUGAGCCUGUCGUUGAGCCCAAGACCAAAGAUAUCAAGUCGCCAGUCGCAGAGCCCUCCAAGCCAACGCCUGCCAGCGCAGAGCCUCCAACUUCAGCCGCAGGCGCAGCGAAGGGAGCCGCUGAGGGUAUCAAGGGCGCUUUGUCUGAAAUCAAGAGUUUGUUGAUGCAACAGGCUCAGGACAUGGCAGCACAGGCGGAGCGUAUCGAGAGCCUGACAAAAGAAGUGGCCAACCUCAAGAGUCGUUUGGAAGGUUGA